AUGCGAAACUCUCCGUAUCAUGCGAUAGCAAAGUGGCUAGCAGAGAAACUCAAGUCUGUACAGCGUCAGCUAGCACCACGCAGCUAUCGAGAUACCUUUGAAUUCAUUGACGACAUCAAAGACCUUAACGUCAACGGCAUGGUGAUGUUCUCGCUAGACGUCUCAUCACUCUUUACAAACGUUCCGGUCACCGACACAGUUGACUACCUCUGUGAUUUUCUAUCUGCCAGCCAGCAGGAAAUAGGGAUUCCGACGAAUUCACUCAAGGAACUACUACUAAGAUGCACAUUAAAUGUGCAGUUUCUGUUCGACAACCAACUCUAUAGACAAGUAGACGGCGUUGCUAUGGGCUCACCCCUUGGACCUCUCCUAGCCGAUGUAUUCAUGGGAAAGUUGGAGAGAUUCCAACUAAGCAAACAGAUCGAUAAGCUUAAACAUUACGGUCGCUAUGUUGAUGAUAUCUUUGCCAUUGCCACUGCAGAAACCGAUGUAACAACCCUCUUAGAUGCAGCAAAUCAGGCACAUCCAUCGAUCAAAUUCACGCUGGAGAUGGAAACGGCCGGUUCGCUCCCAUUCUUAGAUGUUCUUCUAAGCAGGAGACCUGAUGGGAGUGUCCGAAGAAGCGUCUAUCGGAAGAAAACCUGGUCUGGACAAUACACGAACUUCACCAGUUUCGUACCCCUCCAACAAAAAUGAAAUCUAGUCCGAUGUUUGGCACAAAGGCUAGAAAAAUUUGCUCAACAGAUAGCAUCGAGGAGGAGCUCAGAAAAAUCGAGGACUUCCUUCGCGAAAACGGAUAUCCUGAAAGGUUUAUUGAAAAGAAUAUUGCUGAAUGACCGAUAAAACCCGCCACACCGACCGCCGAAAAGAAGACUUUGUUCCUCAAGGUUCCUUUCCAAGGGGACGCCGCGAGUGAACCCUAAGAAGACGCCUUGAUCAAGCUGUCUCGCGAACCUUCCUAGCAGCAAGGGUUCAAAUAGCAUUCUCUACUAACCCGAUUUUACGCGGAGAUGGUAAGGAUAAGUUGCCACUGCAGACCACCUCAAUGUGCAUAUAUUCCUUCACUUGCUCCUGUGGAGCAGGUUAUAUUGGUCGCACGAGUCGGCGCUUAUCCAAGAUAAUACGGGAACACCUUUCCGCAUGGCUGGCAAAAGGUGAAACUAGGAGAAUAGACAGCGCCAUUCUCGCGCAUGUUGUCGAUUCCAGACAUCGUGUGGACCCAAACGAAGCUUUUCGUGUAAUUUAUAAGGUCCCAUCGAGCUACCCUAAGCUACUAGGCCAGCACCUGUUAGCGACAGCGGAAGCAGCCGCCAUUAUGCUACGAAGGCCAACCGACAAGGCAACGGGCUCGUGGCCCGGUGAGUAGAGGCGUUGACUUCUAAACCAACAGGUCGCGAGUUCGAGGCUCGGGUGUUCCACAUUUCGGGCUUGGGUAUGGCUGGCUGACGACGGCUAAUAAGCCAGAAAUGGCCAUUCCAGUCUCCCUUGUCUUUGUCGGUAAUAUCAUUCUACGAAAGCCAAUCUUAUGCGCGCAGAAGAACCACGUUCAGGCUCCGCGCCUACAGUGGUCGAAGGUCGACUAACGCUGCUACAUUUCGCGCUCUCAACCCGCCCCUGACGAUGACUGCUAUUACCCACACCCCCCCCCCACAUUCCCACACCCAACCCAUGUUUUAAGUAGAACUUUUAUCGAUUUUUCUUAUCGCUGACGUGUAUUCUUCUACCCCGUUCUCAUAUAACUGUACUGGCCCGACGAGAAUUUAUCGAAAGCUACGUAUGCUCGCCACCUCGUCUUCUGAUUACUGCUAUGGGAAUUUUCGCAAUUCUAAAACUUCGAAACCUCGGGCUGAUAAACUUCUUGUUCCAGUGAUUGUAUCUUUGUCUUCUGAACUACAUAAGUAAUCUUUUCGAAUCGAAUGCAUAUAUCGGAAUUUCGAUUAAUGUCGCAUGAGAUAGUGAGCCUUAUUAUCUGCUUUAGAGCAUAGUAGUACUGCAUUUGAAAAGGUCGAGCUGUCUUGGCCACAAAUACUUAAACUAGCAUAAAGACGGAAUUUUUAAAAAACACUGGAGAACCAUAAUCAUAAAGUUACAAAAACAUGCCCGAAAUGGGAAGGGAGAAGUAACAAAUUCAAUCCGCACUAAGGUCUCCACUAGCAAAAAUUAUUUAUCAUUCCCUUUAACUGAACGCCUUUGUAGGGAUUUUUGCCGAUCUAACAAAAAUGCUCCGGCACACUACGUCUUAAACGAAUAUGGAGGCUAGGUGACCAAGAAUGGCAUUCGCCGUCUAGCAUUCGUCACACUACCAUCUAUAGUCAACUCACACGAAAGCCCAAGUGAACUUAAUGCAGAGCCACUUGUUAUAGCCCUAAACAACAUCUUACCAAUUAAACAGUGCAGAGAACGCUUGUAAAUAAGUAAAUCUGAGACUAUGAAUUCACCGAAAUUUGCUCAAGAACACAGUUAAAAUCGUUAGUUUUUGAACUUCCAACGGAGCUGCAGAAAUAAUUUAGUUAUGCAAUCGAGGUUUUAUAGAUUUAUUAAGACAAAUCUUUUUUUUAGGCGCUGAUUCUUCUUCGCGCCUUGUAUAUUCCUUAUAAAUUUGAAUGUGAAAGUGUUGUCUUUCCAAUCCAGCAUAUUUCUUUAGUGUAAAUUGCACAUCUACUGUAUCACUCAAGCCCCUUGAAGUUAGCAAUAAUCACAAUGUAAGCAUGACGUUCACUUAAAAGAAGCGCCCUGAUUGCAGCUCUGCCGCAUGAAAAAUAGCCUUAUUCAGGCACAGCCCUUGGCACAUUUUUCCGUGAACGGUCAAUGACGGGCAGAAUGAUGACUGACGCCUUUCAUUAUUAAUGGAUUUUGCAAAUAUCUGAAAUGAAAGCAGAUUCGCACAAAACCCUUUCUUCUGCGACAAUGAAACAGGUGUUUUGGAAUGCAAUCUAAUUGCGUUAGAAGUCUGUUUGGAAAAUGUAUACAUAACGAGAGACCGCUGGAGCUUUUGUACCCACAGGUCAGCUAUUUUUCAACUGGCAAAGAUAAAUUAUUAAGCCUUUGUUGGAUAAAUACAAUUUAGAAAGGGAAAAGGCUCUCCUAUUGUUAUUCCAAAUAAAAGAAGAGUAAAGCUGCUUGGCAAAUUUAUCGCCGGACUUACGUUUUUCCAUAAUUUUGGCAGACAGGAACGGACGUGGUUAAAUGAAUUGUAUUUGCGGAUUAAAUUGGUCAGGGCCGAGUUAAUCGCGUCUUUUAUUUAAAGUUUAAAUGAAGCAUUGCCUGCUAGUGUGAUUAUGAAUAAACUGUGUGAGACAACGUAAUUUAAGCACAUUGAAACCAACCAAUUAUAUGAUUAUCUACCAUAUUCACAACAUAGGUACUUUUUAAAAGCCUAGGUGCGCGUGCUUCGUCGAUCUUGUGACAAAGUAAACAUCUGUCAAAAAAAAUGCGUCCUCUGAAGAUAAACCUGAUAAAAGUCAAAACAUUCGUUUCCGAUUAAGUUAAAAACAUCAUUCAUUAUUCAUGAUAUUGCGCUUAACUUGUGGACCGUAGGCCUAUUUUCACCUUCGUUCGUUUGAGCAUUCUAUAUUAUUUUAGCUACUCUCAUUUUUCGGUUAUUGAAGCUGCAGUCUUCAGUAAUAUGGGCUACAUAUGUAAUUCUACCGAUGUGGACAGACGAACUGAACAAAUAUUCCGCAGGAAAACCUCAUCCAGUCUCUGGUCUCACUCUCUUAAAUUCCUGAAUGGAGCGGGCCGAUUGCAUAACUUGCUCCCCCUUUAACAACGGCCGUCGGUCGAAAUUCAGCAAUAUUGCCAAAAUGCGAAUUCGAGAGCUGCACCUUGCUCCGAGGCCUGCAGGCGAUUUACUCAAGCUCUUUAAUAUCAUUUAAACUGGUUGAUGUUGUUAAAGAUUUAUUUCAAGGUUGAGUAAAUCAAAGCAUAAUUUCAAGUUUAUCUCUGUAUGCUUCUCGGCAAAACUCACUACCUAGGAGGGGGGACAUUUGUUGAUUCUUGAUGUUUCCUCUGAUGGACGUCCGAAGCUUAGAUUAUUAAAAAUGUGCUUUGUGGAAUUCCUACUUUUGAAAUUCAAGAUUCGAAGGAGCAGGUGGUGUGUUUUAAUACACCGUUAAUGCUUUCUGUGCAUUCAAAAAUACAAACUAUGUCUUUAUUCCUCUUAUAGUUUUUGAACUGAAUUUCAUGAAUUUUUCGGCAUCAACUUCGCUUAUGUCUUUUUGACCUCAUAAAAAUGCUUCACUGUAUCAGACGCUGGUUAGGUAUACAUUUAUUAUUUUAUAGACGGUAACAGCACCAAUACUACACACGUGAAUGCUGAAAGUUCGAGAGUAUUAAACACUUUCUUAACUCAAAAUCAUUCAAAAAAUAUAUUGUCCGCUUAGAGCACAACACUUUGCAUAACGUUAUUGUCUAGGCAAUGAGACUGAAGUUCUGAUUCUUUAACAUGUUCUGCGUUAAUUUCCACAAGCAUCAAAAACCAAUGAAGUAAUGUACACUGAAUAAAUCGUGACUACCCACAACUUUAAUUUGCAAAGACGACUUCAAGGGCGCUGAAGUAAAAUGAACACUUUGUUGUCGCAUGAGUCCCCUAACUUACAAAACAAGUUGUUUUUAAAUAUGGGCUCAAUUUUCUUUUAGCCUGUGGAACCGGAUUUCAUAUAUCGCCGCCUAUUCCUUAGCAUACGUAUUCAUUUGCAGCCAUGUGGAACCAAUACAUUCAAAAAUACACGGUCUCGUGCAUCGGGAAUACAGGAAGUUAUUUUUACAUUGAAACAAGACCUAAUGUAAUGCUUUCAACUGUCGUAGUCUCGAAAUCACUGCAUAAAAGGUUGUGCGUAUUUUUGCAAUGAAGAUUUUAAAAUUUGGUAAUUUUGAAGUCUAUCGUAAUACAGAUUGAAAACUGCAUUAAUUUAUCGCAGCGACUUUGCUUAUAUAGACUUUGAACUGAUUUAAAGGCCGAUAUAUUCCGCAGAUAUUCAGCCUUUGUUGGAUUGCGUCUCAAACUAUGUUCUGCAGGGAGCCAGUACUUCAACCAUGAAAAUCAAAGACCGGUUUAAACUUAAAAAGCAAUCUGGAGUAGUUUAUCGCAUUCCGUGUCAAAAUUGUCCCUGUAACAGCACAGGACAGACUGGACGCAUACUCGUAUCGCGCAUACGCGAACAUAAGCUGGCUGUGCGGCGAGGCGACGCAUUAUCACAAGUGGCCGCCCAUACCUACGAAAUGGGUCACGAGUUUGACUUCGCAGCCACCAAAAUAGUCGCUCACGCCGGAAACAAAAUAGGCGGAGAAUUGAUUGAAGCCUGGGCGUCGGAUGAGAACUCAAUCAAUCGAUUUAUCGAUCUGGCGCUGGCGUACAGAGCCCUGCGUGGUCACCUCCAGGCGGGCGACGUCGGUCGAUGA